GUCUCUAGAUCGGCCUACCUCAAACUUCGCGUUCUCUGGGAUUCGGCCCUCUGCAAAGUGCCCACUUACUGGCAUCGUGACAAUCAGCUGGCAACGGAGUUGCACGCAAUACGCAGUCAGCUGUUACGUCUAGUUCGCUGCACUCUGGUUUGCCAUCAGGCACAAAUGAUCAAGGAGAAGGCUGAGCUGCGCGAACCAUCUCACCUCUUUGGCUAUCCGAAUCUGCUUCGGAUGUGUGAUGUUGUGGACAUUCUGGAGGGGCGACUUCAGGGCAAGAUAACGCAUUAUGCGGAACAGUUGAUUCGUCAUUCAAGGGACUGCACAGUGAGUCGCUUUCUGAUGUCUCUUAAAAUUGCGACCGAGGCGAAUGAAUCGCAUUAUUGCCUCAUUAACACUAGACCAUUUUCAUUUAAUACUCAUCAUAGUCAAGAGUAUAAGCAUGUAAAGGAAAAUUACUUUUUGCCACUUCAGCAAUGUCUGCGAGUAGCUCGGCCCUGUACACGUUGCUUGCAGCAGAAGAACAAUGGCCAGGUUGGAAAUGCCAUCAAAGGCGAGCUGGACGUGGACAUCCGCUGUCCACACUGCUGGAAGGUGGAUACAAAGUGA